GUUGAAAAUAUGCAAUCAAACAAACGUCACUUGACUUCAAAUCCUGAGAUGUCAUAUAGUUUAGUUUAAGAUAUUUCUGGUUAAGCGAAAAACAGAAUGAUGGUCAGACUUGUGAUUGUACUAUAUUUUGUGUUUGUGUUUAUUCAAACGGCUUGGGGUAUCCAAAUGCCUGAGGAUAAUGCCAAUGACAAUACCGGAACAGAUCUUAGCGGAAUGAAAAGACUGUUUAAUGAUACAUUGUCCAGUUAUGAUACCAGGAUUCGGCCAAGAGAGGACCAGUCACAGGUUGUGCAUGUCACUACCAAAUUUGUGCCGCAGAGUAUUUUAGAGUUUGACACAUCAGAACAGAAAUUCUCCGUCCUUGGCUACUUCCGGAUACACUGGACAGAUGAAGUUAUCACGUGGAAUCCCGCCGACUACGCUCAAACUAACACCAUCAAAGUACCCGUCACAGAGAUAUGGACUCCAAGUCUUAUAAUAUUAAAGGCAUUUGACGGAGACGGUGUUGUUGGAAACAGCAAUACAGACAUUGCUAAGAUCUCGGAUGUCGGGUACGUUCAAUGGGUCCCUGAAGGAAUCUACAGUGUUGUGUGCCAUGUGGACAUCAAAUACUACCCAUUUGAUGAGCAGACAUGUAUAAUAACAUACUACGUCUCCGAUGAAACAAUUACAACAGUUGAGUUGGACCAUCCUUCUGAUGUUAACCUGGACGAGUAUACUGCGAACUCCGCAUGGAGGAUUGCAAGCAUCUCUCAAAGGAGAUACCUCCUCUACAAUACAUACCACAUUGACGUAGAGUUCAAGGUCCAGAGACGAGCAAACUUCGCUACAUUCACCCUCAUAAUGCCGCUGCUUAUGUUAGCGUUCCUGAAUGUCUGUAUUUUUCUAGUACCAGUUGGUUCCGGUGAAAAAGGUUCAUUUGCCAUCACAAUUUUCCUGUCUUAUGGAAUCUUUGUCACUAUUGUUAGUGAUACCCUGCCCGACAAUUCCCUUCAAAUCUCUUACUUUCUCCUCUUCAUCAUUGUUCUAUUGUUCAUGAGCGUUCUUUCAGUUCUCUACACAAUUAUUCAGGCUAAAUUGAUGUCAAGUAUCGGCGACAAAGAGUGCUCCAUAAACUGCCUCAGACCAAAGAAACGAUCGAUCUCCAACAACAAAGUAAUACCAUUUGAUCAAGACGACGCUAUGUGUAACACGAAUGGUAAACCUGAAGUUUGUACCGUUGAUGUUGAUGCUGAAAACGAAGAUGAUGAUAAGUAUACGUGGGCAAUGUUUCUUGAAAAGCUGGAUUCUAUCUUAUUUGUCGUAUUCCUCGGACUGGCUCUUGUCCUCUCUUCAGGAUUCUUCAGUCUCAUGCUAAGGCGGUUGAGCGAAUCUACUCUUCAAGACUUAUAAUUUUUCGACAGACAUUUCAGAUAGGUGUGUUAAAGAAGUAGUCUAUUGCAUAUUCCAUUCUAACUUUCAGUUAUGAAAAACACUUGAUCAUUUGUAAUGGGCAUAUAAUAUUAAAAAAGCAAUAUCAAAACUUAGACGAAAGAUGUACUAUAACUGGAUUUGUUUGAAAUAAAUCAAAAGCUGCGUCUUUUACAUAUUGUUAAUCCGGUGAUUUAAAUAAAUGCAAAUGGUUAAGUCACAUGUCAAUAAGCAAGACUCGAAUUUACUGAUCGAACACAUACAGUUGAACUCAUACAGUUAAAUAUUAACUACGGUCUCUUGAACUAAACCAUCUAGAAAUAGUAGAUGUUUGUAUCAUAUUUUAACUUAUUUUAUCAUUUAUGUAUAAUUGUAAAACAGUUAAAUAUUAUAUUCUAUCUGAAAAGAAGUGAAAGCAGUAAACAAAUACAUCUGUAUUACAUGAAUGAUUUACAAGAAUAUCGAACUGUAAUGGAAAUUGAAAAAGUCGAAUUUUGUCGGGUAAUAUCGUGAUCAAACGGUAGAAGAGUUUUAUGUUUUUUUUUUACAUUGUUUAUGAAUAACCUCAUUUAAAUACAUUUUUGACAUGUGAGAAGGUUCACGUGACUAUAUGAGAAAUACUAAUAUUGCAGCUAUAAUUCAAGAUUAUGGAAAAGCUUUUGCAAAUACCAUGAAACUGCUCAUUAGAGAUCGUAAUUUC